AUGAAGAGCAUUCUAGCACUUUGUGACUGUCUUUGGGCCUGGACCCUGCUUUUGAAUACACUGACUGGAAGAAGGUGGGAGCGUGUAACUGAAGUGAAGACUGACAUCUUCGUCACCAGCUUUGGGCCUGUCUCCGACCACGAUAUGGAAUAUACAAUAGAUGUAUUUUUCCGUCAAAGUUGGAGAGAUGAGAGACUAAAAUUCAAAGGACCCAUGACUGUCCUCCGGCUAAAUAAUUUAAUGGCCAGCAAGAUUUGGACACCUGAUACUUUUUUCCACAAUGGAAAGAAAUCAGUGGCUCAUAACAUGACGAUGCCUAACAAACUACUACGAAUUACAGAGGAUGGGACACUGCUGUAUACAAUGAGACUGACUGUGAGAGCAGAAUGUCCAAUGCAUUUAGAAGACUUUCCAAUGGAUGCACAUGCUUGCCCAUUGAAAUUUGGAAGCUAUGCCUAUACCAGAGCGGAGGUUGUGUAUGAAUGGACAAGGGAACCAGCAAGGUCUGUGGUUGUGGCUGAAGAUGGCUCUCGACUGAACCAAUAUGAUCUUCUGGGGCAAACUGUGGACUCUGGAAUUGUUCAGUCCAGUACAGGGGAGUACGUUGUUAUGACUACCCACUUCCAUUUGAAGAGAAAGAUUGGUUACUUUGUCAUUCAGACAUAUCUACCAUGCAUCAUGACAGUGAUUCUGUCCCAGGUGUCCUUCUGGCUUAACAGAGAAUCUGUUCCAGCAAGAACUGUAUUUGGAGUGACAACUGUUCUCACAAUGACCACCUUGAGCAUCAGUGCAAGAAAUUCCCUUCCAAAGGUGGCCUAUGCAACAGCUAUGGAUUGGUUUAUAGCGGUGUGCUAUGCAUUUGUGUUUUCAGCACUCAUCGAAUUUGCAACAGUGAACUACUUCACAAAGAGAGGUUAUGCAUGGGAUGGCAAAAGUGUUGUUCCUGAAAAGCCAAAGAAACUGAAGGAUCCUCUCAUUAAGAAAAAUAACACAUAUACAGCAGCAGCAACAAGCUACACCCCUAAUAUUGCCAGAGACCCUGGGCUGGCUACCAUUGCUAAAAGUGCAACAAUAGAGCCCAAAGAAGUUAAACCAGAAACAAAACCACCAGAACCCAAGAAAACUUUUAACAGUGUCAGCAAAAUUGAUCGACUAUCAAGAAUAGCUUUCCCACUGCUUUUUGGAAUCUUUAAUUUAGUCUACUGGGCAACUUAUUUAAACAGAGAGCCCCAGCUGAAAGCCCCAACUCCACAUCAAUAA